AUGUAUGAUUCGGAUGAUGCUUUUAACCGAUCGCCUCCUCUGGAGGCGAUGAAACCCAAUUAUGGAGAGAACGAAACACCACCACCAUUUGCUCGCUCAAGCGAAAAAGAUGCCGAUGCAGUGGGUUCCCGUAAGCCCAACCAGCUGAAACCUCAGAACUCAACCCGUGAGGGCGACCGAGUGCUGAUGGAGUUUCUAGCUCCGUACCACCCUGAGAUAGCCGCAUCGGCAAGGACUUCGCCAUUGGAACCAUUUCCUGGGAAUCUAAAAAAGCAUAUGCAACCGCCUGACUUUGAUCCAAGAGAUCCAAAGAGGUCAAAUCCUUUCAAGGAUGAUCCUGCACCAAAGGCAUCACUGGAACUCAAGGCACCCUCAGGCUCGGCCUCAUGUAAUGAGGCUGAGAAGAAAACACCACAGAUGAAACCGGCCCUAGUCCCAUUACAGCCUAAGCCAGAUAUUGAGAUCAAAGAAGAGUUCCCUCCAAGAGAGCGACUCCCCUCAUUAAGUGACUCGACCCGACGACUCUCUCAAGUGUUGCCCCAACUCAAAACCUCACCGAAAAGAGAGCCCCCAAUUCCCCUCCCAUCAAUCCAACCAUCCUCUGGAUCAAGUGUCCCAAAAUCCCCCGACAGCAGCAAUAAACAAACGCUGCCGUCUAUCCAUAAAGCUCUCAGCGCAUUGUCAGACUUCGGUGCACCACCAGCCAGCACAAUGUCAUCACCCUUCCCCUUCUCCUCGUGUCCCGGAUCAACUACAUCAGGGAAUGAUUCCCCAUUCGACCGCGCUUUUCCGGGAAAAUUUUCUAUCCCUCCAAGUCCUUUUUCUCACUUUUCGCCAGUGAGCGUGAAGGAAUCAUCUACCAACCCUUCUCCAGCCUCGCACUCGUCCUUCUGGCGUGGACCACCCCAGUCUGAGGUGAUGCCUGUCCAGACCCCAUAUGUGGCUUCCCCUAUGGCUGCCAAAAGCCCAGCGAACAGUUAUCCUACGCCCACGGAACAGGUUGGUGCUGGUAUCGUUGAUCGGCAUUCGCUCGCUGCGUCCACUCCCCAGACCAACGGGGGCCCAGUGGGCAGUUACAAGUGUACACAUCCUGGGUGUACUGCCGCGCCCUUCCAGACUCAGUAUCUCCUCAACUCUCACGCAAACGUGCACUCCCAAGACCGCCCACAUUUCUGCCCGGUAGAGGGCUGUCCACGCGCACUAGGCGGGAAAGGUUUCAAGCGCAAGAAUGAAAUGAUGCGCCAUGGCCUCGUGCACAACUCCCCAGGCUACGUCUGUCCCUUCUGUCCAGACCAGCAACACAAAUACCCGCGACCCGACAAUCUUCAACGACAUGUCCGUGUACAUCACGUCGACAAAAACAAAGACGAUCCCAUUCUCCGACAGGUCCUCGCGCAAAGGCCGCUUGGUAGCGCCCGCGGGAGAAAACGAAGGAUGAACAAUACAUGA